AUGGUUCUGGAGGACGAGAGCAGCGAUGACAACUCAAGCCUCCCGUACAUGUACUCCGAAACCUCCACCGAUGGGUUGAACCAGGUGCCUUUCUCACUUGAGGACCCGGAUUACAAGGGCCUUGAGCUAGAUCUGAUGGCGUUCUACGAGAAGCAUGGGAAGCCAUCAGAGAGGCUUGUUGAGUUUGAAGGAACAAUGACUGGGAGAAGGUUCUUAGCAUGUGCAGAGCCGGAAGGUCAGAAUUGUGGGUUUGUUCAGUGGGUCGAUGAGCAGUGGCCCCCAACAAUGGAGAAUCCAUUGUUGAAGCUUUGGUCAAUGGUUGAAGAGAGCAACUGUGCUAGGGAGAAUAGGGUUGUGGAUUUCAGUUAUCUGCAGUCCAACAUCACAUAUCAACAGCAAUGCAGAGCUGAGUUGGUUGCUGGUAUGAAGGCAGAAAUGGCAAAGAAAGAUGUAGCUACAGAGAAGCUUCAACAGAAAUAUGAACUCCUGUGCAACCUGACAAGUGCUCAAGCAACUGUCAUCCAAAACCUGAAGUUGAAGAAUAUGAAAGAGAAGGAAUUGCUGAGUGAGGCUACGAUGAAUUUGGAGUUGAAGAAUGCAGAGUUCAGAAAGUUUGAGGAGAAGCUCACCCAAGAGAAGCUAGAGUUGAAGUUCCAGGUUGCUGAUCUGCUGAAGCUCAAGGAAAACCAUAAUGAAGAGAAGCAGAUGCAAAAGUUCAAGAUUACUGAGCUCACGAAGGCAGAGGAGAAGCUGAAGGAGAAGAUCAAGGGGAUCCAGGCCAUCUUACAGAACUGA